GAGAGAGAGAGAGGGGAGGUGCAGCAGGAGGUUCACACACUGGAGGGUUUUCUGCAGGAGUGAAGGCAUCUCGGUAAUCGGCUCAGUUGAGAGGAAAGGUACUGAACGGCACCGAAAGUCUGACCCUGAUUCCUGAGAGAGAGAGAGAGAGAGAGAGAAGAGAGAGAGAGAGAGAGAGAGAGAGAGAGAGAGAGAGAGAGAGAGAGAGAGCUGUGAAAAGGGGUGGAGGGAGGGGAGAGUUGAGAUUUAGUGCUCUGCUGGAUGAAACAACCCCCCACCAACUAACGGAGAGGGAAAGCAGCCUAAUGGGAAAAGAAAGAGGGGGUGUUCUACUGUUCAUUUCACUCUGAAAGACGCACAGGAAGCUUUUUUCUCGUCCCCCGCAAUGAGAUCAGAAAAGCAGGUUGGUGUCUGCUGUGAAGCUUAGAGACGGUGACAGGAGCAGGAAUAGACAACGAGAGCCACAUAACCGCUGGAAGAACGUGAGAGGAAGUCAGCAUGUCUCGAACCGACGAGGUCAACAAGAUGACGGAAAAUGUCUACAAGGGGAUUUUGGACCAGUUUAAUCCCAGUCUGAAGAACUUUGUGACGAUGGGGAAACACUACGAGAAAGCCCUGACAGGAGUGACCGUGGCUGCCAAAGGGUACUUCGACGCCCUGGUGAAACUGGGAGAACUGGCGAGCGACAGCCAAGGCUCCAAAGAGCUGGGUGACACACUGUUUCAGAUGGCCGAGGUCCACAGACAGAUCCAGGUGCAGCUGGAAGACGUGUUGAAGCUGUUUCACUCCGAGCUGCUCGCCCAGUUGGAGCAGAAGCUGGAGCUGGACAUCAAAUACCUCACAGCCACUCUCAAAAAGUACCAGGGUGAGCGGAGGUCCAAAUCGGAGUCCAUCGAGCGCUGCCAGUCCCAGCUGAAGAAGCUGCGCAGGAAGAGCCAGGGCAGCCGUCACCCCAACAAAUACGGAGACCGAGAGAUGCAGUUUGUGGAGCUGAUGAGCCGUCGGCAGGGCGAGCUGGACACGCUGGUGGCCGCAGGUUACAGAUCGGCCCUGACUGAGGAGAGGAGACGAUACUGCUUCCUGGUGGACAGACAGUGUUGUGUCACCAAACUCCUCAUCAACUACCACUCAAAGGUGAGAGAGCUGCUGUCCCAGAAACUCUCCUCGUGGCAGCAGUCGUGCUCUCAGCCCACCAAGCUGCCGGAGCGCGCGCUCAACCUGCUGCGUCACACUGCGCCUCAGGGCUCGGGCGCCGCCGGGAUCGCCGAGGUCCUCCGCCACACCAAACUCGGCUCGGCUCAGCCUGAACAGAGGCUUUCCGUCCAAGAAGUGCCUCCUCUGCUGAACGGGGACUCCAGCCGCUCCCAGCAGCAGCGCUCCCUCCCCUCCUCCUCCUCCCAGAGCGACGGCUGUCCUCCUCAGGGCUCCCCACACACUUUCCGCUCCUCCUCCUCCGCCGGAGGAGCAGCUGGCGGCUCGUCCAGAGGAGCGUCUCCUCAGCACACCAGCACGCCUGUCAGUGCGUCGGCCAGCCCGCUCCCUGAGAGCGGCGCCAGCGGCAGCGCGAGCGGCAGCGCCAGCCCGGCCGCCUCCACGCCGACGCCGUCCGGCGGCGCCGCUCAGCAGGGCUCCCUCCUCCUGGCCGCCAACACGUCCAACCUCUCCCCCAGUCUGAUCCCCUCCACGGUGAUGUCCCUCAGCCAGAUCUCCCCGGCCAGCAGCUCCUCGCAGGGCAUGACGCUCCCGAUCCCCCACAGCGCCCCCCACAGUCCCCCGCUGCCCCACAGCGCGCCUCUGUCCAGGUCCAUGACUCCGGUGCAGCUGCUGCAGCAGGCGGCGGCGCCGGGAGGGAGCAGCACUCUGUCCCCGUCCCAUAACCCCUGGCUGCUGAAGGCGGCGGAGGUGUCUGGGACUGCGACGCUCCCGCUGCCCAGGAGGCCCGCCAGCGAGAUGAGGCUCGGCGCCUUUCAGGGCUCCAGUCUGCCCAGGGUCCUGCCUCUGUCCGGACCCACGCGGGUGGAGGCCAUGUUUGCUCACACGGCUGGAGCAUCGGAUGGCGGCGGUGGUUCAAGUGUGGUGGGCGGGGCUUGCUUACUGCACUUCCUGCCUGGUGACUACAUCACCCUGCUGAUCUCCGAGCCGAGAGAUGGGUGGCACUACGGCCAGAAUGAGCGGACCGGACGGAAAGGCUGGUUCCCUUUCUCCUACACUCAGCCUCAGCACAGUAAGACUGAUCACCUGGAGAGCUCUCUCUUCUUAUCUAAAGCUAACAGCACCAGCACCGGCCAGCUCGACAAGCUGGUGUCGCCGGCCCUCACGCCCGAGUCAGAGGAGGAGCGCUCCCUUCCUCCCCAGAGGGUCAGCACCUUCCGGCCCCGCCCGUACAGCAUGGCCGACACCCACAAGAUCUCCGCAGAGCUGGCCUCUCCUCCGCCUUCCCCCACCAGGCCUAAUCCAUUUGCCCACAUCCGACUCAGAAAAACCGUCACCAACGAUCGCUCAGCUCCAAUCAUCGAGUAAUCGAUUGCGCUCUCUGCUUUUCCUCACUCCAUCCUGAAAACAGCACAUCCAGUUGUCUUUAACG